GGAGCCGCUCAGACUGAGAGAGAGAGAGAGAAAAGCUUGAGUUUACAAACUUUCAGAAACUCCGCGAUCGGACGCAGGAGGAACAAAAAACUCUCCAAACUCCACGCGGGACAACAUGACAAACGCCUUUCUUGCUUUAUGACAACUUUUCGACGACUUUCAAACACUUUUCAACUCGGCUGAAACUACUUAAGCACGAAAAACAGGAAAAGUUCCUACAGGAUUUUUUUUUCCAUCGGCCAUUUUAAUCGAAGUUUGUUUUGACCAUGAGCGGUAAUCCUCUCCAGCCGAUACCGGGCCACCAGGUGAUCCAUGUCGCCAAAGACCUGGACACGGAUCUAGAGGCUCUUUUUAACUCUGUCAUGAACCCGAAACCGAGCUCCUGGAGGAACAAGGAUAUGCCGCAGUCUUUCUUCCAGGAGCCGGACUCGGGCUCCCACUCCCGGCAGUCCAGCGCGGACUCCGGUUCGCUCCCGCCGAGGGUCCACUUUCGCUCGCGCUCCUCCCCAGCGUCCCUGCAGUUGCCGGCGGGCUCCGUAAGCGGCCCGAGCCCCGGGAGACUCCACUCCCACACUCGGCACCAGUCCUGCGAUGUGGCCGAGGAACUGCCGCUGCCCCCGGGGUGGGAGAUGGCCUUCACCCCCAACGGCCAGAAGUACUUUCUCAAUCACAUUGAGAAGAUCACCACAUGGCACGACCCUAGGAAGAGCAUGACCCCCUCGAUGGCCCAGCUGAGCCUUCAUAAUCAGGUCUCCAACACUGCCAGCAUCCAGCAGCGCUCUAUGGCUCUCUCUCAGCCCAACCUGGUGCUGAACCAGCAGGCGCACCAGCAGGCGCAGCAGCAGCACCUCCAGCAGCAGCAGCAGGUCCCGGUGCAGGUCCCGGUGCAGGGCCCUCAGCAGCAGAGCUCUCAGCCCAUGAUGAACCUGAGCGCGCAGCAGCACCAGCAGAAGAUGAGGCUCCAGCGCAUCCAGAUGGAGAGAGAGCGCAUCCAGAGGAGACAGGAGGAGCUCAUGCGACAGGAGGUGGCGCUCCGGCAGCUCCCCAUGGACUCUGAUAAUCUGCCGCCAGUGGCUCCAGCUAUCGGUUCUCCAGCAAUGAGCGCCGGAAACAUGCCCAAUAACAGCGCAGACCCCUUCCUCAACAGUGGGCCGUAUCACUCGCGGGAGCAGAGCACAGACAGUGGACUUGGCUUGGGCUGUUACAGCAUCCCGACCACUCCUGAAGACUUCCUCAACAACAUGGAGGACAUGGACACAGGGGAAAACAUGGUUCCUGUGAGCAUGAACGUCCCACCACAAAGCCGCUUCCCAGACUUCUUGGACUCCAUGCCGGGCACCAACGUGGACCUGGGCACCCUGGAGGGUACAGACCUGAUGCCCAUCCUCAAUGAUGUGGAGUCGGUCCUGAACAAGAGCGAGCCCUUCCUCACCUGGCUCUAGACUCGCACACACACACACUAAAGACUCUUUAUAUAAAUAUAUAUAUUAUAUUAUAUAUUCAAUCAGCCUCUUCCUCUAGUCUCACUAUUUUUAGCUGUCAGAUUUGUGCUCUCAAAGUCAAAGAACAAAGCCAAAGUGUUUAGCCUGUGAACAAAUAAGCGAGCAUUGGCCAAUCAAAUAGCACUGUGUUCGUGUGUGUGUGUGUGUGUACUUGUUUUUAUAUUCCAGUGGGGACUUAAAGCUGAAUGCACACAGACUCAUGGGGACUUCUGUCACCGUGGGGACCAAAAUUAAGGAAACCAUGCUUAUAAUUAAGACUGAAUGAAGUAUUAUAAGGAUUUGGGUUGGGUUUAAGGGUAUGGUUGGGGGAGGGGUGAUAAAAUAUAUGGCUUGUACAGUAGAAACAUCAUUAUGUCUAUGAGAGUCCCCACCAAGAUAUAAGAACAAGGAACACGUGUGUGUGUGUGUGUGUGUGUGUGUGUGUGUGUUCAGAUUGAUCACACUGAUGUGUGUUUAGCUGCACAGGUAACCCAGAGAGAGUCCAGCUUUACUGGGUCAGUCUCAUGAAGCCGCUCAGUCGCGUAUAAAAGCUCAUUUAUGCCAAUGAACAAACACACAACCAUAUUACUGCGCUUUUGAACAAUUCUUGAGUUCCUUUUUUUCCUUACAGUGUUUAUACAUGACACUAUUUUCAACUCCAAACGUAAAAGCUUUUAGUUUACGCAACAACAGUCAGGUUUCCAUCAGCCUGUGGUAAUGCGCAUUUUAAUGUAGCGCAUGUGAAAUGAGAGACACCAAAUCUCGAAUAAAUUUUUAUAAUUUGCCCCCCCCAAAAGUUUUACACUUAUUUGAAGUGGUUUUAGAUUUGUGUGAGCGGGAUAAUGUGAAUACUGAGAGAUGGAAACAUAAUAAACUCUGACGUAGCGAAUGUUAGCGAUCACACCCAACGUGCUUUUUUCAUUCUGAAAACGUAAGGCGCACUGCACUGCGCUUUUUAUGUUGCUAGGCAACCACUGAAUCAGAUGCGUAUUGUGCGUGAGCGCUGCUGUUGAUAUUGAUCUCAGCUGGUCACUCUUCUAUAAUUAUUAGCAAGCCAACAGAAUUAUUUAAAUCUCACUAUAAACAGCCCGUCUAGCAUCCACCUCUUUCCUCGUUUACCAGGGGGAGCUCUUGAGAACAACCUGAUCUCGAACCCCCUUACAUGCUCAUUGACCAAGCGGGAGCCCUGGGCUCGAACAGCUCCAAGCUCAGGGUUUUCUUCAGGGACAGCAUGCCCUUCAUUUAUUCAUUUUCCUUCGGCUUAGGCCCUGACUUUUCAGGGGUCGCCACAGCGGAAUGAACCGCCAACUUAUGCAGCAUAUGUUUUAUGCAGCAGAUGCCUUUCCAGAGGCAGCCCAGUACUGGGAAACACCCAUACAGACUCAUUCACACACACUCAUACACUACAGCCAAUUUAGUUCAUCAGUUCCCCUAUUGACCUUAUUCUUCAAUGCGGAAGUGCGUUCAUUUUUCCGAUUGUUUUUGAACUUCCGAUUCAGCUGUCUAUGGGAGAAAUGACUAGGAAUAAUAAACGGCAGAAAACGGUCACACUACUUACUCUACAAACAAGUGUUUGCAUAACAAUACAGACAAAGUAGAAUACUAUAAUAAGAAAAUAUCAGUUUGCAACACUGAGCAGCAAAACGAGUAAGACGUUUUUAACGUUUAAAAAUGAAUGGAAGUGAAUGAGACCGGACGUCUCGAGCUAAAAUGACUGCACCCACUCGUACGUUGAGAAUAAGGUAAUUAGCGCAUGUGUUUGGACUGUGGGGUAAUCCAGAGCACCUGGAGGAAACCCACGCCAACACGGGGAGAACAUAAAACUCAGCCGGGACUCGAACCAGGGGCUUUCUUGCUGUGAGGUAACAGUGCUAACCACUGAGCCACCGUGUUGCCCGGCAGCAGUCAAAACCUGCUAAUAUUAUCAAGCAAUAACUAAGUGUGAACUCUUGAAUGAGAUAUUCAUGAUUUGUGAAGUCAUACAGCUCUGGAUAACUCGAAACAGCGACUGCUAGUCUACAUCUUUAAAAGUCUUUGUAGUUUUCUUGACAACGCAAACAUUGCAGUCACCCCAACGGAAACCCCGCCUCUGCUUUCAUUUGAUUGGACUAUGAAAAAUGAUGCGACUAAUGUAGCCUGGUUUUACUGUUCAGAGUUGACUUUUUUCAGCUUCAGACACACACAGCGCAACGACAAAAACGCGAGGCACAGUGGUUAAAAUGCAAGGUGAAAAAAGGAAAGCACAUAAGCAGCGCACAAUGUGCUUGUGGCCAUUAGAAAACCAUUCAGAAAAGGCAGCGCUCAUCACAAAAAGUGCAUUCGGUGUAAUCAAGGCCUACUUUUUGCUUUGUUUAAUAUUGGUUGCUAGGUUACCAAUACUACAGUCAGCCACUCUAAAAACUUGAACCUAAUUUACUUUCACAUGUUUUUGUAAACUUUAAAAUCGCGUUACGUUAGGAUGGAAACCCGGCUAUUGAUGCAGAAACAGUGCGCGAUUUUGAAAAUGAUACUAUUAAUAACUACAACACACUACAAAAAUUCGCUUCUGCGAUAGCUGUGCUGUUAUGCUUAUGUUUGUAUUACGUUCAGUAUAAAUGACCUAGUAAUUGUUUGUCUUCACCAUAUCCGCUUGUUAAGUCGUGACGUAUCAGUGAUGUAUGGAAUACGGGUCCAAGCCGCUACUCAUUUGAAUUGAGAAAAUAUUCAUUUAUGGCCACUUUUUAGUCAUGUCACACUUUAAAGUGAAUUUUAUAAAAAAGCAUAGUGUACACAACAGUCUCUGGACUUGCUGCAUCACAAAUACAAAAAUUUAAACAAUUUAUAAAAAAUUAUUCGCUUUCUGGCCAUCGGAUAUUAGGCAUGUAUAUGUAUAUAUAUUGUGAUCGUGAUUUUCGAAAGUAUUACAUCGCUUUGUAAACGUUUAUUAUUACCAUUUGUCAAGUCUCCGCAUUCAGUUUGAUAUAGCGCUUGGACCCAGAAGCCGCUUCUCGUGACGUCACACUUAACAAGCGGAUUGUUGAAGAAUGCAGACGCACAGUGUUUACAAAAUAUAUCGCCACCUACUGGCCUGCCAAACAAAUUACAGUGUUUUUUUCACAGAUUUGUGUGAAGAGGGAUUGUUUGGACAUUUUUUUUUAGUACGUUGUUGUAAUCGAACCCUGAGUUUUCUAUCAAAAUUGUGCAUUUUAUGCAAUUUCGAAUGCUAUUCAGUUUUUUUUUUUUACUUUUAUGGAACUGCACUUUGCAAUCUUUCGUACAGUAUAUAAACUGGCAGUUCUAAAAAUAAAUCUGGCUCAAGAUUAACAAAAAUAUAAAUUUUAGGACCUUUAAUACUUUUGGUCACGCAUCAAAAUAAUGGUCCAUUAGUUAAUUUAUUUAUUACCAUUAACAAAAAAUGAACAAUACAUUCAUUACAGUAUUUAUUCAUCUUUGUUAACACUAGUUAAUGAAAAUAAAGCUGUUCAUUGUUAGUUCAUGCUAACUCACAUUGUUAGUUAAUGAAAUAAUGUUAACAAGCAUACAUUUGGAUUUUAAUAAUGUAUUUGUAAAUGUUGAUGUUACAUUGAACCAUUAUUUUAAAGUGUGACUGGAUUUUUAAAAUAAUAUUUAAGCAUUUUAUUUUAUUUACUAAGAGAAUCAUCACUGAGAAUUACAAUUAAAUUCAACAAUCUAAAAGUCUGAUUGUUGCAACCCAGGCUCAUUCUGAAAACGUAGUUCCGAGGACGUUUCUGGAGGCCGCGAAAUACGUCCUGGGAGGUACGUAUUUUUGCAGUUUUUGGUUUUCGUGAAUCCGCGAGAGGCCGCUGUGUGCGCCUUUUUGGCUUCUCGGACGUCUCCCCCGAGUGCCGUUCGCGCCCGCGCUGUUCUCGCGUGAACCCACCAGAGGCCGCUGUCGAACGAACGUCUGUCUGUCCGACUGGCUGAAUGAUUGACUUCCCCGAACCCAACCAAUUUUACCGAUUGACCCGCCCGCCCUAAACGCAACCAACGAUUUACAAAAGCCGUCCGGAAAAAGAAAAGCCCUCGUCCGAUUUUUAUUACCACGUUUUCGGAUUUUACCACAUUCUCACCCUGUUAUGAACCUCUUCGCUUUAUUUCUUGGAUUCUGUUUUAGUCUUACCUGAUUUCUGGAACCGCUCUUCCCCGGACUCGAAUGCGGUCGUCGUGGUCAGCUCCUCUCUGCGUCUCGAGUCCGCCGACGCACAGGACGAGCUAACCGGACAAACUGGUUGCGGCGGGAAAGCCCUCCACACGAAGGUAAGCGGUCAGCCGGCGAGCGCUAAAAGAAACGGCGUCAUACCGCCCCGCACUGUUCGCUUAAAAAACUAAAUGCAGCCAUACGUACCUCCGGCUACAUAAUUCGCGGUCUCCAGAAACGUCCUCGGGACUACGUUUUCGGAAUGAGCCUGGGUUGGAUUGUUACCAAAAUAAUUCUCAUUUUCCGCCUGUUUUAAUACGUUAAAAACAUAAACCUAUUUAAGUUGAUUCAGUUCUCUUUUUCCCCGACUUUAAUUCAGAUCAAAAAUCACCAAUGUCUCGGUGUGCUCAUGAGAUUGACCCUGCUUUAAUUUCUCACAUUUAUUGCCAAAUCACUAGCAGCAUUGCGUCUGUCGAAAGCUUUACAUUGUGAAUAUGAAUCUAUUUCAGAAGCGUUUUACUGUUAUUCCCAGUGUAGUUAUUGUGUGAUGCUCCCGUUUGCAUUCGUAGACAAGCGUUUCAUAUCAUAUAUGUUGUUGUUGUUGUUGUUUUUUAAUGUACUGCUGCAGUAUUCCUAUUUUCUAUUCUGUGCUCUUGACAUCUGGUGCAUUUAAUUAGUUUUGCAGUUGAGUAUUUAUCAAGAGCUACUUUUUAAGUAGAUUUUAGAUUCAUUUCCUUUUUUCAGGAAUAUUAAAUAUCGACGCACUACACGUAUGGAUUCAGCUGAUCAUCAGUCCCUCAGUAUCUUCAGGGAAUAUCUGCAUCAAGUGUUUUCUGAUACCAGAGAUAAUUUUGCAUUCGUUUGGAUGAUUAAUGGGGCCGAAUAUGUUUUUUUAUUAUUCUUAUUACUGAUUUUAUAACCCCAGCUGCAAUCCAAUUCAAUAUAUAAACAUUUUAGAUUUUUUUGGUAGCACUUUACUUGAAGGGGUGUUCAUAAGUUCAGCCUUAUCUUACAAGGAAACGUAACUAUUUUACAUUUUGUCAUUUUAGUGGGUAAUUCGUUUAGUCGUGUGACGAUUUUUAAAAGAAGGCGUGGCUUCUGUGAUUCCGCCCCUAAUCCCAACUGUCAUUGGGGGGUGAGCAAAUCGUUCAAAAAUGUACGAACGAGAUCGUACAACUUCAGACGAGUUAGCCACUAAAUCAAAAAGUUACAAAUUGACAUGAUAAGACUAUCAUGGUCCCUUUAUAAUCAUGACAAGACGCAUGUCAUAAUUAUGAAGGGGAUUUUAUGCAUGCUUAUGACAACUGUCAUUAAAUGUCAUUUGCUCAGUUAUGUCAUUUUAAAUGCAGGGACAUUGUAUUUGUCAUGGCAACUUGACAUAAACAAAUACAUCAUAACCUGUCUUUGUCAGGACAACGUGAUAUAAAGACUUCAUAACAUGUCUGUCAUUACAAUGACAUAAAUACUUCAUAACCUCUGUCAUGACAACUUGACAUAAAUGCAUCAUAACCUGUCUUUGUCAUGACGACUUGACAUAAACCCAUCAUAAUCUGUCUUUGUCAUGACGACUUGACAUAAGCACAUCAUAACCUGUCAUUGUCAUGAUGACUUGACAUAAACACAUCAUAACCUGUCUUUGUCAUAAGAACUUGACAUAAACGCAUCAUAACCUGUCUUUGUCAUAAGAACUUGACAUAAACACAUCAUAACCUGUCUUUGUCAUGACGACUCGACAUAAAUGCAUCAUAACCUGUCUCUGUCAUGAUAACUUGCUAUAAAUGUAUCAUAAACAGUCUUUGUCAUGAAGACUUGACAUAAACACAUCAUAACCUGUCUUUGUCAUGACGACUUGACAUAAACACAUUAUAAGCUGUCUUUGUUAUGACAACUUGACACAAAACAAACACAUCAUAACCUGUCUUUGUCAUGACGACUUGACAUAAACACAUUAUAACCUGUCAUUGUCAUGACGACUUGACAUAAACACCUCAUAACCUGUCUUUGUCAUAAGAACUUGACAUAAACGCAUCAUAACCUGUCUUUGUCAUAAUAACUUGACAUAAACACAUCAUAACCUGUCUUUGUCAUGACGACUUGACAUAAACUAAUCAUAAUCUGUCUUUGUCAUGACGACUUGACAUAAGCACAUCAUAACCUGUCAUUGUCAUGACAACUUGACAUAAAUGCAUCAUAAACUGUCCUUGCCAUGACGACUUGACAUCAACUUUGCAUUUAAAUUGACAAAACUGAGUCAUAAGCAUGCAUCAAAUUUUAUUUUAUUAAUGACCUGUGUCAUGUCAUGUUUAUGACAGAUUUAUGACAGGUUUUGUUAUUUACUAACUUCAUAACAAAAACAUCUCAAACAAUGUCAACUUUGCAUUUGAAAUGACAAAACUGAGUCAUAAGCAUGCAUGAAAUCUCAUUUUAUUAAUGACCUGUCAUGCCGUGAUUAUAAAGCUCGUAUGACAGUCUUAUGAACACCACCACUUCAAAUAAAGCGUUAUUGUUUUUUUUUUCUUCUUUUUUUUCUACACAGGUCUACUUUUUGUAUUGCAUGUGUGAUCUGUCUGAUAUUCUUAGCACGGGGGUGUAUAAACCCUCUUUAUUUUGUGUACGGUUACUCCAGAAGGGUUGUGAAUUAGGAAGUGUGUUGGUUUGUGGAUUGUGCAGACGGUUGAGUUUUAAUUUUAGUGAUCGUAGGUCAAACUGAGCUCAUGAUGUCUUUCUAUAUGGAUUGAAUGGCUCAGUUUUGGGUCAGAAAGGGCUGUUCUGAUCACUCAGAAACACUUUCUUUAGUUUCAGAACGCACCAAGAGGAACGUUUCAAAGAUUUUUGCCUGUUUUCUGUGAUUUAAACUGCUUCUCCAGAACCUAUAUAAUGUGUUUUUAUGGAGUGGAUUAUAAGGCUUCAGUGUGUUGUUGUGUUGUGGGAUGAGAUGAAAUCUGCAUUUAGCUUUUGUAAGAUCGCUGAAGUCGCUCACAUGCUGGAAAGCUCGGAAAACAAAGAGGAUUAUGACUGUAUACGUGAGAAUUGUGGAUGUAACCUCUGAGAAUAUCUCCCAAAUUGUCAAUAAAAUCAAAAGGAUCAAUAAAAUAGUUUUAUUAGCA